CUCAUUUGCCUUCUCUUUUUGUUUUGUGCUAUGGCAUCCAAUAAAAUCACAUUAGCUUCAAUGCUCUUUCUCACCAUUCUCGCAUAUUCAAAUGCAAAGCUAGGCCAUCUCAAGGAGACAAAACUAACGGUCUACUUCCAAGAUUACUCUGGCGACCAAAAUACAUCCGUGAUCGGGAUACCAGUCUCAUCGAAUGGGGCCCUAAACUUCUCCAAGUUCGGAGCUAUGUUUUGCACAGAUGACCCAAUUACUGCAGGAUUCGAGGAAGGCUCAGCCGUAAUUGCAAGGGGCCGAGGCGUACAUGUGACCUCAGCUCUGGAUGGGUCCAGCACCCAUGUGAUGGUGUCAAUUGUUUUUAUUGAUGGCAAGUAUAAAGGUAGCUCAAUAGAAAUAUAUGGUUCUGACAUGCAGUUUGAGAAAGUGAGGGAGGUGGCAGUGGUGGGCGGCACAGGGAAAUUCCGGCUAGCGCGUGGCUAUUCUACUUUCGAGAGUCUUUACUCUGAUCCAGUGCGCGCUCAUACAAUCAUCCAAUUUAAUGCAACUAUACUACAUUACUAGAUUCUUAUUUAGAAAGGAUUGUCUUGUCUUAUUUUAUUCAAAAGUGUAUCCAAAUAAUGUUUGAAACACUUUAUAAAUAAAAGUAAACUUCAAUAGCU